GCACGGCCAUGCCUGUCUAGUCCCCAACUUCGAGUCUUCGUCAAUCCGUUGCGUUUUCCCAAGAAUUAUGGCACGAAAAUAUUGCCUACAAGGUCCUUUCAGACGGCGACCGCGCCGUGGCGGCAUUGCCGAAGGAUUUGGUCAGAAAAGCAACACCAUACGAUUUCGGGCAUAGGACCUUCUUCUCGUGAUCUCAUGGCGACCACUACAUCUCCUGGCGACUAUCGCCUUCCGACCAAUGUCAAGCCCAGUCAUUACGAUAUCACUAUUCGUACCGACCUUGACAAGCUUGUUUUCGAUGGAUUUGUGAAAAUUAGUCUUGACAUCGAGGAAAACACGAAUAGUAUUACCCUCAAUUCAAACGACCUCACACUUGGGAAAGCUACCGUAACAUCCGAUGCUCUUAAAGGCUCAUCAGUCGUCGAGACCAAACAGAUCGUCGACCAUGAGCAGAAGCGCGUUGCGUUCCAGUUCCCGACUGAGUUCACCGCUGGAACCAAAGCAUUGUUAGAUCUUAGCUUCUCCGGUCAAUUGAAGGACAAUAUGGUUGGUUACUACAGAUCUGCCUGGGAGCACGAAGGGAAGACCAAGCACUACGCUCUAACGCAGUUCGAGCCCACGGACGCUCGAAGAGCAUUUCCGUGCUGGGAUGAACCCCAACUAAAGGCGACAUUUUCUAUCACCCUGAUCUCUAAAGUCAACACAACAAACAUCAGUAACAUGCCUGCAAAAGAGGAGAAGACGUUCUCCGCUCAAGAUCACGCAGAUUUGAAGGAGAAAUUGCAGUCUCUUGAUUCUGAAUGGAAGGUCACUCGCUAUGAAACCACUCCUCCAAUGUCUUCAUACAUUGUUGCCUUUGCCAACGGCGAGUUCUCUCAUCUUGAAACAUCCGUUAAAAUGCCUUUGAGCGGCAAAACUAUUCCCCUUCGUAUCUAUGCUACUUCCGACGUUAUUCACCAGGCACAGUUCGCACUUGAUGUUAAAGCUAAAGUCCUGCCGAUUUACGAAAAGGUUUUUGACGUGGAAUACCCUCUUCCGAAACUGGAUACUCUUGUCGCUAGUGAUUUCGAUGCUGGUGCCAUGGAAAAUUGGGGUCUUAUCACCGGCCGCACUAGAUCGUUCCUACUUGACCCCAAUCGAGCUGACUUGAUGGCAAGGAAAUUAGUAAUCUAUAUUCAAAGUCAUGAAGUAGCACAUAUGUGGUUCGGAAACAUUACCACUAUGAAAUGGUGGGAUUAUCUCUAUCUGAACGAAGGUCUGGCUUUCAAUUCUCAACAUCCUUGGCGUACCCAGAAUUCAAAGCCAACUCCGAGUUUAUUAACGGACACCUUGCGUCUGCAUUUGCACUCGACGCAAAACUAUCCUCGCAUCCUAUCGAGGUCUCUUGUCCUAAUGCCGACUAUAUCGAUCUUCGAUGCUCUUUCAUACUCAAAAGCUGGAUCAGUUCUCCGUAUGUUGGCGGCUCAUGUUGGCACGGAUCGGUUCCUGCAUGGAGUUUCGAUUUACCUUAAAAAUCACCUUUACGGAAACAGUACUACCCGCGAUUUGUGGGAGGGAAUCAGCAGAUCCACAGGCCAAGAUAUACUCGCCUUGAUGGAUAACUGGAUUACCAAGGUUGGGUUCCCGGUCUUGACUGUAACCGAAACGGAUUCUGGCAUCAAAGUUCGCCAGGAUCGUUUCCUCGAAACAGGUAUAGCUGAAGGCAAAGAUAAUGAAACCAUCUGGAACGUCCCUCUCAGUAUUUUGUCUGUCAAAGCGGACGGGAAAGCUUCUAUCGACAAUUCUGCAGUUCUAGACGUUCGUGAGAAGACCUAUUCCUUGGAUACUUCCAAACCAUUCAAGCUGAACGCUGGCACCAAUGGAGUUUACCGCGUCCUCUACAGCGAAGAAAGAUACAAAAAGAUUGCUAGUGAACUUUCCAAACCGGAUACACCUUUCAGUUUGGAAGAUCGCCUUGGAUUGAUCAGUGACUCCUUUGCCUUGUCAAAGGCUGCACUAACAAAAUUGAGCGAUGCGUUCACGCUCAUUGAUGCACUACGUGAUGAGAAAGAAUAUCUCGCUUGGUCAGGUAUCUCGGCGCGCCUUGGUGAAAUUUCGUCCGUUUGGUGGGAACACCCCGAAAUUCGUGACUGUUUGGAUACCUUCCGUCGUUCUCUGUUUACUCCGCUAGUUGAACGACUUGGCUAUACUUACUCCGAUUCCGACUCUACCGACAUCACACAGCUGCGUACAUGUGCCAUCGAACAUGCUGUCUCUGCCGGAGAAACAAGUGUGGUUGAGGAACUCAAAAGCCGAUUCAAAUACUUUGUGGACAACGAUGAUGACUCCAAAAUCCCUCCAGAUCUCCAGAGAGCAACGUUCAUAGCGGCAGUCAGAUACGGCGGAAGAGCUGAGUUUGACGCUGCUAAGAAGAUCUUCGAUAAACCAGGGACCCCUAGUGCAAGAGUUGCCGCAAUUGCCGCUAUGACCGCCACGCAGGAUGAAAGGCUCAUGCAGGAAGUCAUGCAAUUGACCAAAUCUGGCUCACGAGACCAAGACGUCGUCUACUUCUUCCGUGGAUUGACCACAAACAGGAAAGCUAGGCGAUUGACUACGGAGUUCCUCAAGGAGAAUUACAACGAGUUUUACAAGCGAUUCUCCGAAACUUACACCCUCAAGUACCUGAUCCAAGAAUCUUUCUCUGUCCUGACGACUGAGAAAGACCUCAACGACACUCUUGCGUUCUUUGAUGGCAAGGAGUCAUCUAGGUUCUCUCUAGCGUUGGCCCAAAGUCUCGAUAGCAUCCGAGCCAGGAUCGCCUAUAUAAAGCAUUCCACUGAGGAUUUGGAGAAGUGGCUCAAGGAAAGGAAGUAGAUAUUAAUUCCCAAUAAAUCUGUACUAUCUCGAGUGGACGGCGGAUACUCAGUCGAUUUUUCUUAAAAUUGCCACCAGACCUCUGAUAUAGGUAUAGGUAUAGGUAUGAAUUACAUCCCCUUCGGACCCAGUGGAUGCCAGCUGGACAUACUGA